AUGACGCAAACACCCACCGUCGAGCAAGCAUUAAAGAUGGUGCAAGACAAUCCCAAUGGCACCAACAAUGCUCAGGCGAGGGCGGUACUUUCGAAAGAACUGUCCCGCAUCUGGCGCAACAUUCAAGCCCAGCCCACCUCUUAUGUGAUGAGCAAAAUCGAGUUCGCUGUCUUCAACUACCACCGCAACUCUCCGGACUACAAGAACCCCGUUGCCCAGCGUGCAGUCCAGCGCUUUUGGGACAACGUCUAG